UUAGCUGGCUCACAGCGCGAGGGGAAACUCAUUCCUUCCCGCACCCCUCCUCCUCGCGCUCUUGUGCAGACUCCCCGCUCGCGGCGCAGCUGAGCGCGCGGCACUGCGGGACCCCAGCGCCGAGCCUCGCGCAGUGAUGGCCUCGACUGUGCAGCUCCAUCCAGACCCCCGUCUUGACGACUGCGAAUAGAGUGCUCACGCACACACACACACUUAUUGGACAGCUGCAACUCACACACACUCACACACACACACACACACACACCACAGAAGCAGCAUGUAUAGUGUGGAGGACCUGCUCAUCUCGCAUGGAUACAAGCUGCCCCGGAAGCACAGUCCUCCUCCGGCUCCACGCAGAGCCCCAGGGGAAGGGGGCCCGCCGUACGGCUACCCCAGCCGAAGCAGCUCCGCUCUGGGCUGCCUCACAUCGGCGUCGGGCUCCAACUCCAGCAGCCAGAGGGACCUGGCACACUCUCAUGGGCGAUCAGUGCUCGCUGACCCUGGGUUCUAUGAUACCCACCGUGGCGUGUACGUGCAGCCCCACAGCAGCGACCGGGGCAUCGCCUAUUGGAAGCGGCGCGGGCAGGACUUCAGCGCGCUGCUGGACUACGCCGACGGCCGCGUGCCCAUGGGCAUGCAGCGGGCCGAGGGCCGCGGCUCCCUGAGCGCCCGCGAGCGCGAGCUGGCCCUGCAGCAGUGGAGGCUGGCGGCGGAGCGGAGGCAGCAUGGCGAGCCGGGCGCCGAGAGGUGGGCACAGCAACCGCAUCAGCAUCCGCAGCAUCAGCAGCAGCAAUACCAGCAGCAGCAGCAGGAGCAGCGGGCACAGCAGCCGCGCCGGCCUCGGACAGCAGAGGGCGCCGUGCCGCCCCGGACCAAAGCCAAGUCGCAGUCGCUGCCCCGCAUGGCCUUGCCCUCGCCCACUCCGCCGCCGCCCCACGGGGGUCGGUCCUGCCUGAGCGCUGGACCCUCCAGCCUGCAGCUGCACGAGGGCGGCGUGUGGAUGGGCAACCCAGCGUCCGUCGGCAACGCCGCCGUUCCGCAGGCCCGCGCCAGGCAGAGCCGGCCUCCGCGGCCGCCCUCGUACGAGGUCCACCAGCAGACGCGCGCCAGCAGCGACGGACCCAUGUCCAGAGCGCCGUCGCGGCAGGACUACUGUCCGUCCGAGCCGCCGGGCUACAUGCCCCCGCCGUCCUACCGCAGGCAGCCCAUCAUGGGCGGAGGGCACAGCUACCGGGAGCUGCUGGCGGGGUACAUGUACCGGAACGAUCCGUACCAGCAGGGCCUGCCUCUCUCAGAGGGCGUGCAAUGGUACGCGCGGCAGGCGGGGCAUUCCUGGCCCGAUCACCACGCCGACGGGCGUCGGAGCGCGCCGUGCCGGGCGGUCUUUCCGGUGUACUCGGACGACGGACGCGGCGUGGUGCAGUACAUCCCGUUCGACGACCCGCGCGUGCGGCACAUCUCCGCCAGUGGCCUGCUCACCGACGCCGACAAGAUCCGCAACAUCCAGAACGAGAUCCCCGGCAUCACCGUGUCGGAGCAGUCGCCGGACGACAGCGCCUUCCUGUCGCCGCAGGAGUCCAUGGACAGCGCCGACGUCACGCCGCCCUGUCACGCCCAGUGGCCCAGUUACCCCGACAACCUCAGCUCCGCGCCUGACCUGAACCGCAACCCCGGCGAUCUCAACCGCAAUCCGGCCGACGUGACCUCUGACCUCCCCACUUUCGGCGGCGGCAAGCGUCAGCCGGUGAGCUCCCGUCAGAGCUCCAGCUCGGACCAGGGCUUCUCCGAGACCAUCACGCAGGUGAAGAAGUUUGAGCCGGAGGUGGACAGCAAGAAGCCAGCGCGCCGGCGGCAGAAAGAGACCAUGUUCUGCCUGGUGUCAGUGCCCAUCGCACCGCAGGUUGCCCGGGACGACCCGGACCAAAACAACAACAACAAAGCCCCCAGCCCCACUGUGAUGGCCGUGGUGACGCAGCCGAGUAACCAAAGCAACCCCGCUGGAGGCCAACCGGUCGGCGGCGUCCCGGACCCCCAGCACCCCGCUCCCAGCAGCCCCCUGGGCUCCCUCGUGUCCCGUCGCGCCCCGCUGAGGAGGGAGCUGGUGGACGCUUGGACCCUGCAGGCCCGCUGUCAGGGUCAGGGCUCCUGGCCCGGGGACCAGUACCGCAACCAGCACACCCAGACCGGCUCCCCCGAGAUCACCCGCGUACCCCCUCCCUCGUCAUCGUCGUCGUCCCAGCCAGCCCCCGAGGCCCCGUCCUCGGACAGCACCACGGACAGCGGGCUGGGGACGGACUGCUGCCCCCCCUACAGCCUCCCCAUGAAGGGUCAGCGGAGCAUCAGCCCCUCCAGCACCAGCGCCUUCUCCCGCACCGUUCAGCCCAACCCGUCCGGCGCUCAGCCCAGUCCGACCCGGCUACGCUCCCCACCGACGACACCGCCGGCGCCCCAGCCUUCACCCCGUCGUAACCUGCCACGACCGGCCUCCGCUGGAGGAGGAGGAGGAGGAGGAGGAGGAGGAGAAGUCUUCGGGCAGUUCCUGCUCAAGCCUGUAGGGCGGCGCCCAUGGGAUGCCAUCGAGGAGCUGGAGUCCUUCAACAAGGAGAGCCAGAAGGUACAGGAGCCCACCACAGGCCAUCAGAAUAUUCCGGAACCGAACCACACAGGUGACGUCGACGAUGUCGACGACAACGAGCUCGUUGAAGAAAUGUCCGAGCACAAAGACGAGGUGGACAUGGACAUUAGCCCCGUCGUUGACGACUGGGGCCUCUCGGAGUUGGUGCCCCUCUACAGGCGAACCCGGAGCUCCCCCUGCUGGCCGGAGGACCACACUGCAGGGGACCGGUUGGGGAGUGAGGAGCCCAGUCCCAGGCAGGGGAGCUCAGGCCUUGUGGUGCAGCCACUCUGCAGCCCCAACACAGUGGACAGGCAGGACAUUCCCGUUCCUCAGGAGUCAAUGCUAAGGGACGUAGGGCUCACCGUCUACACCCCUCAGCCCCACAAGGGGGCGCCGGAGGAGUCCUUCUCAACUCUAAUGGUGACUGCAGAAACUCAGCCAGCUAGAGCACCGCAGCCCGACAAGCCCCUCUCGCAGGGUCCACCUCGGGCCGUAGAGUUGCCGAACCACGACAAAAGGGAAGCCGCCCCGAACUCGGAGAGGACACACACCUCCGUCACUGUAAGACGGCAGCGGUUCCGGUUCAGCUCGGAGGGACCCACCUUCCUGACCGAGAGCCUGACGGUCUUCUCGCCCGACGGCCAGGGCGAGGAGGAGGACGAGGUGCUGGAGGCCCUGCUAAGCAAGGUGAAGAAGCGUCCGCCCAGCGAAGACCUCAGCCCGCUGUACCAGGUGCAGAGCGCCAGCGGCAUCCCUCAGAACGAGUCCAUCGAGGAACGCGCUGCUCGCAUACUGGGCAUCUCGGUGCCGGCCGAGUCCCUGGUGUCAAAGGGCCAACGCCUGGAAGGGACAUUAGCCUGUCAGAAUGAGGUGCUGGCAUUGGCUGAACUGGUGUUGACCAAUCAGAGUGAGGAAGAAGUAGAAGAACACCUGCUGUUAGCCAAUGCAGAGAAGCCAGAUGGAGUGGAGAUAGAGGAGGGGUCAAGUGAGAAAGAGGAGGCGGCAGGUGAGAGAGAGGAGGAGGAGAAUGGGGAGCAACAAGGAGAAGUGGAGGAGGAGGAAGUAGAAGAAACAGCAGCUGUGGAGGAGACAGCAGUCCCAAGAGUUGAAGAAGCAGAAACAAAUGUCAGAGAAGGAGAACCAGCAGUCUGUGAGUGGGAGACCUCUAAAGGAGAACCAGCAGUCUGUGAGUGGGAGACCUCUAAAGGAGAACCAGCAGUCUGUGAGUGGGAGACCACUGAAGGAGAACCAGCAGUCUGUGAGUGGGAGACCACUGAAGGAGAACCAGCAAUAGCAGGAGAGACAGAGGAAGCAGGAGAAUCUACAGCAAUAAGAGGGGAGGAGACAGCAGCCAGUGGAGAGCAGCCAGUGGAGCAGUCAGUCAGCGAUGACAGAGGAGGUGUAGAGGAGGAGGAGGAGGAGGAGGAGCAAGCCAUAGGUGGAGGUGAAGUUACACGGGAGGAGGUAGCAGCAAGUGAGCUGGAGAUUUCAGGAAGUGUAGAGGGUGGAGGGGAAGCAGCAGAAUCUGCAGAGGAGAGCCUGGAUGAGGAGGUGCAGCAAGCAAUCAGAGAGGCCCUGGAUGAGGAGGUGCCAGAGGAGAGCAGAGAGGCCCUGGAUGAGGAGGUGCAGCAAGCAAUCAGAGAGGCCCUAGAUGAGGAGGUGCAGCAAGCAAUCAGAGAGGCCCUGGAUGAGGAGGUGCCAGAGGAGAGCAGAGAGGCCCUGGAUGAGGAGGUGCAGCAGGCAAGCUGGAGAGGAGAGUUAGCUGAGGUGCAGGUGGAGGCCCGUCCAGAGGUGGAGGAGGAGGUGGAGGCAGUGUCAGGCAGUCCAGAUAGCUACAUUGCCAUAGCGACGCUGGAGAUGCCCGAGAUCCUGUCCAUCGUGGAGGAGGACGAUGAGGACGAGGACGCUGAGUUCGGUCUGAACAGCGGGAGGAUGGACAGGAGAAUGGACUGUCCACAGGGCAGAGAGGAGGCAAUGUCGUAUAUGCCCUCGUACCUCACGCUCGGCCAUGCGCAGAGAAAGCGAGAAGAGGAGGAGGAGGAGGUGCAUGUAGGCAUGACAGAGACAGAGGAGCAGGAGGAGGAGGAGCAGGAGGAGGAGGAGCAGGAGGAAGAAGGGAUGGAGGACUCAAGAGGGGCAGAAGAGGAGAGACAGAUCAGAGAAGAGGGAGAGGAGGAAAGUGCCUCGGAGAGAGGGAUGGACGGAAGAGAACGGCCGCUCUCCCUGCGACCUGAAGCUGAGGCGCGUAGAGGGGAGAAGAGAAGAGAGGAGGAGGUGGGAGAGGAGAGGAGCAAACCUGGACGGCCGGUGGACGAGUCCCCAUGUCCGGGCGUGCGACCCACACCCCUCCCCCGCAGUACCGUGGUCAAGCGGGAGAUCCACCUUCCUCUGGAAGCCCUGGAGGACCCUGACACAUAUCCAGCCUCAGAUUCCUAUGAUCCAAGUCGAGUGGAGAGGGUGUAAUCAUGGCGACUCGAACUUCCCCUUCGUCACUGUGACCCCCAUCCCAGCGCUUCUUUACGACCAGCAACAUUCACCUCUCUCCUCAUCGCUGUGUGUCUGUGUGUGUGUGUGAGAGGGAGGGAGCGAUAGUUAAAUGGCAGACAUUACAUAUGAGUUUCUGUAGAAUAUAUCAGUUGGAGUAACAUUUUCGUUUAAAGAGCCUUUUCGUUUAAAGCCAUGUGUGAGAAUGUGUGUGUGUGUGUGUGUGUGUGUGUGUGUGUGUGUGUGUGUGUGUGUGUGUGUGUGUGUGUGUGUGUGUGUGUGUGUGUGCGCGUGUGUGUGGUAGGCAAAGGCCACAAGUAAUGUACAGUUUAGAGGUAUAAUGGCUUUCACAGACACAGCAUCGUGCACACAAACACCCUGUACUGUGUUGAGCAAUGCACAUUCAUCAUGGGCGUUGACUGCAAUAAUGCACACACUAAAUUCUGCAGAGCAAUACACACACACACACACACACACACACACACACACACACACACACACACACAUAUACACAUAUAUACACACACAGUCACUGCUCAUUUCAAGUUCACCAAAUAGAUAGCUUUCUGCAGAGCAACACAAUCCCAAUGUACUUGGUACCAGAGGCGAACAUACAGUGUGUAAUUUGUAGACACUCUGUUGAAAUUGCAUUCUGGGGUGAGUUAAGAAUCCUUGGUCCCCCACCCCAGAUGCGGAUGGCCUAGGUAAUUGCCCUAGGUAAUUGUCCUUUGUCGCCUUCACCAAGUCUUGCCACACAUUAGAAGCUUUCUUUUCACAUGGAGUGAUGAAAUUCAGAGCAAUACACACACUCACUGUCCUACUCACUGUUCUUAGCAUAUGAAAGCUGAAUGACCAUUCACUAAUGUAAAGGUGUGACACAUACACACACACAACACACACCUGAAAUGUAUUUAUUAUGAAGUAAUCCUCAUAUUGUACAAAGCAAAGUAGCUUUAUUUUUAAAAAGUAUUUUAUAUGUAGCCCUUAGGUCAGCUUGCUUUAGCUCACUUGCUGAUAGCACACAUACGUGGAUGUGGUGUCAGAAGUGUGUGUGUGUGUGUGUGUGUGUGUGUGUGUGUGUGUGUGUGUGUGUGUGUGUGUGUGUGUGUGUGUGUGUGUGUGUGUGUGUGUGUGUGUGUGUGUGUGUGAUUAGACCUAGCUGAUUUGCAAGCUGAGGUUGUGCACACAUGUAGCAGGUGCUUAUGUCUAUUUGGUAGGUCUGUGUGUGUGUCAGUCUGAAGAAGGUGUGUGUGUCUCCCACAUGUCCUCAGACUUCUCGUUCACAUGACCUCGGCAGGUGUGUGUCCCUGGCAGACUGUCCUGGCUGUCUGUGUGUCUUCACUGAGUGUCUUCGUCUGUCUGCCUCACAGGUGUGUUUUGGUCUCAAAAACCAAACCAGAUGUGUGUGAACAUCUGAAUAGUGUUGUGUGUGUGUGUGUGUGUGUGUGUGUGUGUGUGUGUGUGUGUUGUGUGAAAACAAUAGGGUUCUAUUGCUCUGCUUCUAAGCUGUGUGAUUGGACGGACACACUAUCCAUAACAAUGUUUGUAGCGUCAAUGCUUCCCUCCAGGAAAAGUAGCAAUAGCUGAACAAUUGCAAAGAAGACUGGGCUAGGCAAUAUUAUGCAGAGGUGUGUGUGUGUGUACGUGCUUGUGUGUGUGUGUGACCUGAGUCCUCUAUAAUUGUAUACAUCACUCCUUUUUAGGGGUGUGUGAGUGGCUUCUGUAGCAAUAGAAUGAGCUAGAAAACACACACAACAAUCAGUCUCUCUCUCUCUCUCUCUUUCUUUCUUUCUCUCUCUCACUCUCACUUCAUUUCGUUAUACCCCUCCUCUCUAUGUGCACAGUGAGCUUCCCUCUCAAUAGUAGAAUAUCUCUCUCACACACACACACACACACAUACACACACAUAUAUCCCUGUGUCAUUGUCACACAUUGCACCCAUGUCGUCAGUAUUCUAGCGUAUUAAUGUUGCACAUUUCGGCUUUGAUAUUUUUAUAUCUCCUUGUACAGUUUCAGUCUUUUCUAAAGGCGCUGGUGGUCGCUCUCCUUGCAUGGAUGUAUCUUCGGAGAACGGGAACCCGUUUUACACAUCAGCACAUUUGGUACUAUGUAAUCCAGCCGAUGAAUAAUCAUUAUAUUUCAUAGUGCAUAUUUUUAUCUUCCAAAUAAACAAUGGCAAUAUUUAAGAGCAAAAUAAGCUUAUUUUUAGAAGUAAAAGGGAAAGUGUUAUUGAGGCCUAGUGUGUAUAUGUGUGUUUGAGUGCAAACUACCACACGCACAUAGAAUAGAGAGGCCUUGUGUUGUACAAAAAACUGCAGAUGAUUCAUAAAUAAACUCUUUGCAUGAAACAUA